CCCUUUGCCAUUAUCUUUAUGAAUGUACUUGCCGUAUAAUUGUAUAAAUUUUAAUUGUACAUACAUCAUCCAAGUCCUGCCUCAGGCACUCGGAUUAACAAGUAAAUUAUUACGUGCGGACUUUCGGCAGCCACCGACAGUGGAUUCUUCCUUCAAAACAUUAUCAAAAUAUUGUAUUGUCUACAAAGUGUUGCUCUUUCCCUUGCACACACCGCCAUAUUUAAUAUUUUAAGGUUAAUUUACUGGCUGCAGUGUUUUGAACUCUUGAAGGGUUAGAUUUAUUUAGUUUCCUUCUCCUAAAAUCCCUCAAGCAACUUUCGGCAUUUGUCUGUUGUUUCGGUACUGUGAAUCGUAAUACUGUUUGUGCGUUUGUGUAAAUGUCCGUAAUAUGUCUGUCGAAUAUGACGAUAGUGGAACCUUGCAAGAUGAACUACUGAACAUUCAGAGUGUUAUUUACUUAACCAGGCAGAAUAUCGAUGCAUUGAACAACAAGUUCGCCGACUUCCAGCACCCUCCCUCUAUAUACUUAGCAGAAUAUCAUGAAUUAACGAGCAAGUUGCACGACCUAGAGUUGAAAGAGCAACAAUUAACAGAGCAGAUCAGUCUGGGAAGAUCCAACUCUCCAGAUGUCAUUGAUAACAGUCACCAUUCCAAAGAUAAGUAUGUUCAACCUAGUCUUCAAAUUCCGCCGAAAAGUGUUAUCAGGGCCCAUCUCCCGAAUCAGCAAAGGACAAGUGUGCCUGUGAGACCAGGCCAGACACUGCGCGAGGCGUUAGCAAAGCCGAUGAAGCUCAGAAACUUGACUCCCGAAAUGUGCACUGUAUGCACUCUUGAUAAUAUCAAUCUCUCUUGGGACGUUGAUAGUUCGAAAAUAGACUGUGAUGAAAUUAGGGUUGAAAUAAUCGACAAGUUUCCAGUUACAACGAGCAUUUCUCAUAAUUUUGGGAGGAAAACUUUUUUCUCUCUUGCAUUUUGUGAGGUGUGUCGUAGGUUGCUGUUUCAAGGGUUCUAUUGCAGAACCUGUGGAUAUCGUUUUCAUCAAAGAUGUGCUACCGGAGUACCUGCUUUAUGUCAGCAAGUUCACAUGGAAGACACUUAUUAUCAGCAUUUGUUAGCCUUCAACAUGAUCAAUGAUGAUGCCUCAGAUGCUGGUAUUUUACAGCUACCGUCUAGCUUUAGUAUGACCAGAACUGGUUCUCGGAGACAUCCACGAGCAUUAGGACAUGGAGAACGCUCUAGCUCUGCACCUAAUGUAUGUUAUAACCUCGUAAAUCCAACAGGGGAUGUUGCCUCUCUGAAACAGUUUGUAAAUUUGACUGUAAUGAAUGGCAGUAGACUGUCCCAUAGUCAGAGUGCCCAAGCUUCACCAACCAAUGCUUUGCGUCCUUGGCGACCCCGAGCUCGAAGUGCUGAUGAUAGUGCUAACAAAAAAAUUCACCGAGAAGCUCCUCGUGAGUCAAUUGAAGACUGGGAAAUUCCUGCUGAAGAAAUAUUGUUUGGACAACGAAUCGGCUCUGGAUCAUUUGGAACUGUCUACCGAUGCCAUUGGCAUGGACCAGUCGCUGUCAAAACUCUGAAUGUAAAGGAUCCCACUCCAGCCCAGCUGCAAGCCUUCAAAAAUGAAGUUGCUGUCCUUCGCAAAACACGGCAUCUAAAUAUUCUACUGUUCAUGGGCUGUGUUAGUAAACCUCAAUUAGCAAUUGUGACCCAGUGGUGUGAAGGAUCUAGUUUGUAUCGCCAUCUUCAUGUCCUAGAGACAUCAUUUGAGUUAUUGACCUCGAUAGAAAUAGGACGUCAGACUGCUCAAGGAAUGGAUUACCUUCACGCUAAAAAUAUCAUUCACAGGGAUCUAAAGAGCAACAACAUAUUCUUGCAUGAUGUGACUGUGAAGAUAGGAGAUUUUGGACUUGCAACUGUCAAAACUAGAUGGUCUGGUGGCAAACAGUUCAGGCAGCCAUCAGGCUCAAUUCUAUGGAUGGCACCAGAAGUGAUCAGAAUGCAAGAUGAAAACCCUUAUAGCUUUCAAUCCGAUGUUUAUUCCUAUGGAAUUGUUCUGUAUGAAUUAUUGUCCGGGCAGUUACCUUAUCAAAACAUAAACAAUAAAGAUCAGAUCUUAUUCAUGGUUGGACGGGGGUAUUUGCAUCCAGAUUUGAAAAUGAUACCCUCCUCUGUACCAAAAGUUCUCCGCCGGUUGUUAGAAGACUGCAUUAAACACACACCUGAAGGGAGACCUCUAUUCAGACAGAUCCUAGAGACUAUAGAAAGUUUAAUUCAAGCAAUGCCCACUAUUCAUCGUUCUAAAUCAGAGCCGACACUGAAUCGCCAGGCAAUCUCAACUUCAAAUGAUGACUAUGCAUUUAGUUGUAACUCGCCCAAAACACCUGUCAACUCUCAAUUUGGCGCAUUCCCAUUCACUUCAAUGGGUGGAAUAAUCUAACGAAUUUACAAUAUUUCUUUUCAAUGUGUCUACUGAGCAUUGAUUCAAUUCGCCACAGCUUUGGUCAUUGUUCUGGGAUUGUGCAGUCGAAGCCUCUAGUAUGCUGAAUCUUAUCAUCACGAUAGUGAGUCCAUGGCUGGCUCCUCAUUUUACUCAAGAGAGGGUAUGUUUCAUGCCCAUUUUAAGAUUGUCUCAAUCGGUAAGACAAAAGUUUAAUUCAAUUCUAAAAACUCUCUCUUGAUGCAGCAACUCCCUAGUGAACUGACUUUUCAGAAUGCUUGCGUUGUUCACCUUCAUAUUUAGACCACAUUUAGAAAAAAAGCGCCACAUUUUUGGUUCACCUUACAAAGGACAUAUAUAUAGAUUUUCCUUAACGAAUAGUGGCUCUGUAAUUGUGUCCAUGUACUUGGUUCUGUUCUGUUGAAGUCAGUUCAAUUGGACAGUAUCAAAUAGAAAGGCCCACCUGAAAAGAGAGUUACAGAAAAAUGCAUGUCAGCACUCAGCAGUGAAAUUGCAAAAAUAUGAAGCUAGUUCGCGGUGUUUCAAAAUCUCUGUACCUAUUUCAUUUAUUAAAAGGAGACCAAACCAUCUUGAUACGUUGAAAUUUUCACAGAAUGAUCUUCAUGUAGAGAAGAAUAAUUACCAAAGUUUUCAAGUAAUGCAAUUCAGUAGUAUUUCAUGAAGUAUGACUGGAAGUCUGCAACACUGCAAGCCAAGAUGUGCAUUUCUGAAAUUUUACCAUCAAUAUCUCCCAUAACACAGUUAAGAACUAUAUGCAUGUUGCUUUUCAAAACUCUCUUUCAUAUACAGAUUCCUUGUUUAAGGUACUUAGUAUGUCUUUAAAGCAGGGAAAGAUCAAGAAGCCUGAGGAAAAAAUUUUCUUACAAAUUCUGAGGAAUUUAAUUUGAAAGAUUUAAUAUUCCUCCCCUUCCUCCAUUCUCUUCAUUUUUGGGUUAGCAGUUACUAGGUAAAAAGACAUUCUGGAAAAUGAAACUUCUCAUUUGAAGGAAAACUAAGCAUAAUUUGGUAUUUUUUGAAACCAAAUAUUAAUUCGGUAAAAAUCCCAUUUUCCCCUUCAUGCAUGUCAGAUUGCUCAAUGCAAAAAGUAGGAAAUUGUCUGGAGGAAUUGUAGGGCUGGUCAGAUGGCCAAAUCAGAGCUAGGCAAGGUUAAGCAGGUUAGACAUCUAUUAACAUACUUCAUCAUGAUAGGAUGACAACAAAACAGACCCGUACGGCGUUUAUCUGUGCAUUCAAUUCAAGCAUCAGUCAGCAUUCCUCAUUCCAUCAAAGUCUUGAGAGCCUCUUUCAUUCAAUAGAAUACCUACUUGAAAACAUUUUUGGAAGACCAUAUGUUUUGUUGGUAAUGUAAUUGAAAACUUUAGAUUUUUAAGAGCCUUUUUUACUCUCGGAAAGAAAAAAGUAUUAAACUCUACUAGAGAUUCUUCCUGCAGUUUUUAGAUCAUGGCCUAAAUUAGAAGUUUCACUGAUGAAAGCCUGAUGUAAAAUGAACCAACAUGAAUGUGGUUCAAUGUUCGAUUAAAUGGAAGAUCUGCUGUUUUUUUAUCAUAGUUUUUCCUUAUUAAUUUAAUUUUGCAUCUGAUCUCUAAGUAACAUGAGAAAACAGAUGGGGGGAUGAAUAAAAAUGUUGUGGUUUAGUUGUGAAGUAGGCAUGUGUUGUUUUUCUCUGAAAUUUUUUUUAAUUUAAACCCCCUUUUCUUCUCAUGAGCUCUUGCACUUCAGUAAUUCAUCUUUUGUUCAUUGUGAAUGAUUUUAAUAUCCGUCGGAAGCAGAGGAUCUAUUUUUGGUAAUGGUAUUACAAGAAGAGUUAUAUUUUCAUUGGAUGAGCGAUGAAAACUAAGCCCUAGAAAUUCAUCUACAUUUGCAAGCCAAUAAAGAAGGUAUAAUUUGAGGUUGAAAUCAGAGGACCCAUUUUUUAUUAUAAUUUACUAACUAUCCUAGCAUCAAAAUUUCAUGAAAGAAUGCAAAUUACAAUUUAGGAAUUUAGUUCAUGGACUUAUUAAGUACAUUUCUCUCUGAAAUGGUAGAAAAAGAGCUAAAAAGAUUUUAAAUAUUAUUAUUAUAGAAUUUUUGUUUCUCCAUCCUCCUGUAAAAAAACUGUUGAGGUACCUAUCCCCAAAACGUAAUUAUGUUCAAAAAUAUGUAUUUAUUCACACUUUAUUAAAAUUGGAGAAGCAGCUCCUCCCAGAAAAAGUGCCUGAAGGCCAACUAAGUAACUGGAAAAUACGGUCCUGUUUUUCGGUUAUCAUUGACUCUUACAUUUUGGUUGUUAAAGAAAAGUAUGUAAAUUUUUUUUGUCUAAUUAUGGCUGUAGGUCAGAUGCGUUAGAAUUGUUCCUCAAAGGUGAACCCCUCUAAAAAUGUAAAAUAAUGAGAUCUGCUUGAGGGCCAAGUUUUCACGCUCAAUAUGGCAGCAGACAUUGUCCUCUCGAAAGGAUGGUGGUUCACAUGGUUCAUCUACCUUUGGUUUUAUCAGCCAAUGAAGUUUUUGCAUGCAGUUGGGAUUUUCGAUUUAAUGCCCUUAUAGUAUUUUACGAUGGCACCCUGGACUUGAUCACAAAUUAAUGCAAAAGCAGUCAGCAGUUGAUUUUUUGGGUGAAAAUAAGACUUCUUUUUUGAUGUGGGAUCUGAAAAAUAAUCUUUCUGAUGGAAUGAACUUGAAUAAACCCAUGAAUUAACAGUCCUCAAAAGUCGCAAAAAUGCAUCUCUUUUUCGUCUUCUUUUCUUUUAAUAUUGAGACAAAAUUUUGUGAAUCAAGUUAAGUAUAAGAACAUCUACACACUGAGGCAGUUUCAAGCUGCUUGAUCGUUUUUUAUCCUUAAAAAUAGAGGGAA